GACAUCUCAGCUCAUAUAUUCAAAGUUGGUCAAGAGCCAGCCCCAGUCGCUGGCGGUGCUUGCUCGUACACGCCAUGUUACCUCCUCGCGUAAUGAGUAGUGCUCUGUUGACAGUGCUGUGUGUCUGUUUGUGUUUACGAGCUGUGUUUUGUCAAUUCGGGCUCUUCCCGCAGCGAGAGCAACGACGCUACCAAUCACCGUUUGGAUUUGCCCAAAACUUUUUCCCGAAUCCAAGCAGAAUUUCCACCACUAUUUCCAAACUUCUCCAAUUGGAACGAGAAAACCCGUACAGCAACCCUGCAUACAUCUAUCCCUUUCAGAACAACCCGAUAACAAAUCCCAAUCACAACCCUUACAAUGUUAGAUUCCCAAAUCAGGGACAGCAAAAUAAUUUCGGAAAUCCAGAGUAUAAUAACGAACAAGUCACAAAUGCUCCAAGUUUCAAUGGUAAUCAAAAUGUCAACGGGGAUUUAACACCAGGUCAACAGGUUGGACCUGUUUUUGGACCAACAAAUGAAGGUUCGAGUGGUUUAGUCUCAGGACAGCAAUUGGGACCGGUGUUUGGGCAGGAUAAUGGUGAUAAAAGUGGUAGCACACUGGUAUCUGGACAUCAAGUAAGCCCCGUCUUUUCGACGGAAGCAUCUAAUUAUGAAAACCCUGGAAAUUUGAUUUCUGGACAACAAAAUGGUUCACCUUUUAGUACAGAACCAGCUAAUGAUGGCAAUUUUGGAGGUUUGAUAUCUGGUCAACAAAACGGUCCCACUUUUAGCACAGAAGCACCUAAUUUUACAAAUUCUGGUAACUUGGUUACUGGUUCACAAAAUAGUAAUCCUUUCACCACCGAAGCACCCGAUCAGGGCGGUACUGGUUUAGUUUCUGGAGUGCAAAGCGGCCCUGUAUUCGGCACAGAUGAAAGUAAAAAAGGAAACGGUGGCACUUUGAUUUCUGGGACACAUUCCGGACCUUUUUACAGCCCAGACGCACAUGUACCAGCUUUCGAAUCCCGAAACGACUUUAACGAAGGAAUAUUCAAAGAGACAUGCAACACCGUGGGUGGCGGUCUUGGACGUUGUAUAACAAUAGUCUCGUGUCCUGUUUAUGUGAAGCUACUGCAGCAAGCCAGAACGAGUCCUUCCGCUGUCCAGGAGUUGAGAGCGGCACAAUGCGGCUUUGAAGGAAAUUAUCCCAAGGUUUGUUGUCCUCUUCCUCCACCUCCUCCACCUCCUAUACCCGACACACCGCCAACACCUCCGACACCUCCAACACCCCCUACACCCACGCCAUCCGGGAAGUCCAUACCUUCGGAGUCAGACUUCAUCACUGCCUUCCCUGAACCACCUGAGUGUGGAGUCUCCAAUGCCUCAUUCAGCAGAGUCGUGGGUGGAGUCAAUGCUAAACUUGGUGAUUUCCCUUGGAUGGCACUCCUGGGCUACAAGGGUCGUAGUGGAGCUGGUACGCGCUGGCUAUGUGGAGGUUCGCUCGUCUCCCACCACCAUGUCUUAACCGCAGCCCAUUGCAUCCACAACCACGAGCACGACUUAUACGUCGUCCGUCUCGGCGAGCUGGACUUGGAGCGAGAUGAUGAAGGUGCUACUCCCAUCGAUGUCCUCAUCAAGCAAAAGAUCAAACAUGAGAAAUACAAUGCGACCUCGUACACUAACGACAUCGGACUGUUGGUGUUGCAGAACGACGUGGACUUCACCAAUCUGAUAAGACCAAUUUGCAUCCCGACGCGUCCGGAUCUACGCGCCAACUCAUUCGUUGACUACAACCCACUCAUUGCUGGGUGGGGAGACACCGAGUUCCGCGGGCCGUCAGCAUCACACCUGCAAGUCCUUCAGCUGCCAGUGCUGGACAACUCGUUCUGCCAGAAGGCCUACUCGCGGUACAAGGCUCAAGUGAUCGACGACCGCGUCAUGUGCGCCGGCUUCAAGAAAGGCGGCAAGGACGCCUGCCAGGGCGACAGCGGCGGACCGCUCAUGCAGCCGGAUUACAAUCCAACAACGCUGGCAACAUACUUCUACCAGACCGGAGUGGUUUCGUUCGGUCGGAAGUGUGCCGAGGCUGGGUAUCCAGGAAUCUACACGAGGGUGACGCACUUCGUACCAUGGCUGCAAAAAAACAUGCUCGGCAUUGACGGAUGAGCUGAGAUUCUUAGUUAAAAUACUGUAAAUUACAGUUCUUAGAAUAAUUUAUUUGCUAAAUAAAUAUAUUUUUGUAGAAUUUAUUGGACUUUCCUCAUUGUCGUUCUAAUAUUGUUCAGAAUGUUUUUUUAAUUUUUGACGUACUUAAUUGUUAGAGACAACCGGCGACGGGGCUCCGAUGAACCGAAUUAUUUUUAUAAUACAUUUUAAUAGAACUGUUAUUUUCGGUUCAUCUGAAACAUCGAAACAUCAUCUUCAUGAUCAUAAUUUUUGUAACAGAAAUUUUGACGUUUUGUUUUUUAUCAUAUUUAUAACCAGGUAUAACUUAUGAGUAUAUAUUAAAUGUCAGUACAUUUAGCGUCAUAUCCGCUUUCAUUAUAGAAGUAAAUUCUAUCACUGAACUCCUUCCUACACACGCCAUGUAAGGUCAACGGAUUAAAAUUCAAUGAAAAAGCUUAAUGUGACUUAACAUAAGUUAGCCUUAAGUAUAUCUAAGUGCUAGGGCGUGGUAUAUAAUAUAUGACAAGUGUAUAUUAGUGAUAUCAGAAUGAGAUUAAUCAAAAAUGGUCACAAAUACCGUUUACUUGACUGCAGAUCUCGACCGGUCCGUCCGGAUACUGACUCAGGAAGUCCACAGUAACUUAUUUCUUCGCAAUACUUAGUUUUAAUGUUACAUAAUAGUUUGUAAAUAAGCAAAUGAGAUGUUUGUCGCUUUGUGUUUUAAUUAUUAUUGUACCAAUGAUUUGUUUAUUAAAUAUAUACUUUACUUUAUACAAA